GCUUAUCGACUAGAGAGAGGGAGAGAGGGAGGUUGCGCCCCGGAUUGACCACAACGGAAUGGGACGACUCUUCGCUUCGCCGAGGAGUUGGAGUAUCAAGGCCAGCGGGUGAACAUGCGGUCCGCGCGCGAGUGACUCGUCAAGAGCGAGGCCCAUGACUAUGUCGCUGUGUCGCUGAGCCCCCGCAGUCGAGCCGUGUUCUCACCACUUGUGUUCACCAACAAUAUGGCUUCAUCCAACCGAGGGAUCCAGAUAGGAUCCGCUUGGUUCCAACGGAAAAUAAACCUCAGGCCGCAGCACAGGGGCGUCCACUUAGUAACGGAGGAAAUUUUACGACAAAUGCCAGAGAUCGGACAGUUUUCCGUUGGCCUCUUUCACGUCCAAAUCUUGCACACAUCAGCAAGUUUAGCUUUAAAUGAAAGCUGGGAUCCAGAUGUUCGGGAUGACAUGGAAAUGAUGUUGAAUAAAAUAGUGCCUGAGGGUUUGCCUUACCGACAUUCAUGUGAAGGACCUGAUGACAUGCCUGCCCAUGUCAAGGCAUGUUUUCUGGGAUCAUCUUUAUCCAUCCCAAUAUCAGAGGGCAAGCUGAAUGUGGGGACAUGGCAAGGAAUAUGGCUCUGUGAACAUCGUGACCAUGCUGGCUCACGCAAAGUUGUGGUCACUAUCAAUGGUUGUCUGCGUGAUUCACGAAGUCGCAGCCCUUUAAGUCCUGUUUCGCCAAUGGCUUCAACUAGCAGCUAAUGUUAUCAUGUAUAUUAUUGUGUUCAGGCUGUCACUGUGAAUGUGUGAGUUGAAAUCUGCAAUACAGUCAUGUGGAACUAUCCAUCAAAAAUAUUUCAGAAGUGAAUAGUUGGCACUUAUUGAUUGUGAUAAGUGUCGAGUGCUGUUCAAUGACUUGCAGUCCCAACUUGCCGCUAAUGUCAGGGUUUAUUGAGUAUUGCAGCUCUUGUGUAAACAGUCAUAAGUGUUGCUGAAACCUUUGUAUAUUCAUUCCAGGAGAGUCAUGUCAGUGUUCACCUCUGUGAUCUAUCUCACUUAAGUGUAAAUUUACAAAGAGUUUUAGUACAAAGUGUGCCUAGUCAAACAAUUUAUGGAGUGGUGGUCGUGGGUGUGUGGAGACGUCAGUGCUUGUGUGGAAUUGUGGAGGUGCACACAACCUACUUGUAUGAGGCUGCUGGCGUCUUAGCAUUUUCAUUUCACUGAGGGAACUAGAUGAAGUUUAUGACAUUACACUCCAUUGCCUUGACACCACUUCUUUGCUCAAAAUCCACUACUCCCUCCUUACUUGGAUUUGAAUAUAUUUGUGCUUAAGUUUUUCACUCUGUUUUGUACAAAGUUGUUUUUGCUGCACUCCUGUGCAGAUGGGGGCAAGCGGAUGUGAGCAUCGAAGUCCUUGUGUUGGCCUCCCUGUAAAUUUUGAGUGUGGUCUCAAAGACAAUAAUAUUUCACCCUUAUUUCUCUUUGACCUGUGUGAUUAAGUUCAUUACUGUAAAGGUAAGCGAGACAUCUUGCUCCUUUAUUGCUUUAAAGCAGCGCACAAACUUGUCUGUCUUGUAAAUCGGGUUGCCAUGGACCAGUUUAUUAAAAUGCACACUUAUGACCGUUAGCCAAGUGCUUGCAAGAACAGAGUUCUCUCAUUCAUGCCGUUCCACUUAGAAGAUGUAAUACUUAACUUUUAAUUUGAGGUCUAACUAGUUUUGAACCAAACAAGCAAUGAUUGGAUGUUCUUUUGUUUCUACUAUUUCAUGAAUUACUUUGAUAGUUUAUUUCAAAACAAUUAAGAAUCACAAUCUAUUCUAAUUUGUUUCAAAUGGUUUUAGGGGUUUUAUAGUGGCUUUUGGCAUUUAAAAAUAACUAGUUAGGAUCUGUGAUUUUACUACAAUUUUUGUUUGGGGGGAGGGAGGGGGUUUCUUUUGCUUUACUGAUACUGUAUGACUUUUUUUUUUUUGUAAUAAUUGUGUUUGGUUCAGAACUUUGAAUAAUUUUAUGCCCUCAAAUUAAAAUAUUUCUAAUAACUACUACUGCAGUAAUGUUUAUGGUAAUUGUAAUGCCUUGGUCUGUGGAUGAGAUAUACUAUCAGAUCCUCAUAUUCCCACUCUUAAAUGAGCAAUAUUUUGAAACUAAGCAAUUUGUCUGGUAACAAAUGUGGUGGUUUCUUUCUGGUGUUGCUUGCUUUGACAUCUAGUCGCUGUGGCAUAGCUAGAAUAGAUUCCUCGAAGUCUCAAAUAUGUUUUACCUCUUCAGGGGUAUGAUGGCUACAUAAACAUCUUGUUUCUGUAUGUUUAAGUAUAUUUGUGUGAUGGCCAAUUGUGGCUCAUUAUAGGUUUAAGCGUAAAUAUAGGGGGAUAAAAUCAAAUUAUUAUUGUAUAUUUUUUUGGUUUUUGUAAGUUAUUUCUUGAUCUUUGAAGUGAGUGAGUGAAUGAUUGAAUUGCAAGUUUUCCCUCAAAAUAUUGUAUCAGAUAUGUUUCUUCUUCAAAUGUUGAUUUGUGCAUAUUUUUCCAAAUUUGUUCUUUGUGUUAGGCAUCUACAAUGGGGCCUUACACAAUAAUAAAAAUUAGAGGAGGAAAAUGGCAACCUUGAUGUUUACUCAUAGUGCUUGAUGGCAUAGGACUUUGAGGUUUAUACUUUGAAGCAAGCUUUCUCUUGACUUCUGAGAACAAGACCACCUAUAACCUUAAGUUUUUUUCCCCUGAAGCAAAAAUCUUGGAACAGCCAAUGCAAUGAAUCUUAGAAGAAGUUUUGUGUAUCAUAGGGGUUCUUGGCAUUUGAACCUUUUUACCAUUGGAAUUUUGUCUCUCUUCAAAACACACUUGCUCAUCAACAUAUUUUUCAACUCUAAACAGGUUCUCUUUGCAGAAAAGUUUAAGUUAUCAGUGUAUUUGGGGCAUAGAAAGCAAACCAUUGGCUUAAACAUUGUGCUGUAGUGAGCUGCUGUCAAUGUGUUAGACCACUGAUUAUCAAAUAGUUUUCUUUAUAUUCUAGUGUUAUGAGUAGUUCAAGUUGCCAUUCUCUCAAAUCCAGGUUACAUUUGUUACCCUUACUGGCAUUAUGUUUGGUGUUUGGGAUUUAUGAUAUUCCAUACUAAGUAGAGGUCUUGUUGGUUUCAUUGUAUGAAUGCCCUCGUAAGUCAUUUUUAAGAAUAAUUGGUAUAAUUUGCUCAUCCUGUGCUAUACAUAGCACACAACGGGUAAUCUUGUUGCGACGAAUGGAGAGACACUUUGUAUAAACUGUUGUACAUUUUUUUAUGUUUUUUGACAUGUAAAUUGCAUAGUUAGUAAGUUGCACACUGAAUUUUUUUCUCGUUUUAUGAUUUCUGCCCAGUCUCUCAGUUAGUAAUUUCCAUGGCAGCAACUUUGCGCCUCUUUGUUUUGGGGGUGGCAAAUCCUUUUGAAUUGUAUUUAUUUUUGCGCUUGCAUCAUCUCAUAAAUAGGGUAAACCUGACAAUCACAUGAAAAAUUGACCCCAUUCUUAAAAAUAUGGAAAGCUGCUGCACCUCUGUUAUAGAUAAACAAUGAAAUAUAAGACUCUAGUCAAUUCAAAUCAAGUUCAAGUUUUUUUUUUUUUUGUUUUUUAAAGAAACUUUGAGUGAAGCCAUUCCAUUUGUUUUCACUUCUAUCAAGAUUUAUCCUAUUAUUUCCAAUAACAUUUUUAAUUGUUACCCCCUGAAAGUAGGCCUAUUGUUUGAGAGUUGGGACAGCCAUAAAUUGUUUAGUCAGUGGUUAAAAUAACUCUAACGACUGAAUUGUCUUGUUACAGCCCGCUGUAACAAUGCUAGUUAAAAUCUAGGUUUUCAAAUAUUGCACAUCUUUUUUUCCUUUGAACUGCAUAAAAAGUUGGCUGGAUAUCAAAAUUGUCAUUACUUUCUUAUUUGAGAAGAAAGUGGGCAUAGCCCCAGCAAAAUAUGUUUUCUUGAAAGAGUCAGUGUACAAAAUAUAAAUCUGGAGUGCACUGCCUCCAUUUUGCUGUGGGUGAUCAUGAAAGGAUUGACAAAGUGACGAAGGAUUCUGGAAUUCUGGUAGAAAUCAAAUUAUCAACUUUGUUAUGAAUAGGUAAUUAGAAAGUUGUUUCUCCUGAGAUUAUUUCCCUCAGCAAGUCCAAGGGAAAAUCUGUUGUACAACAUGGACAUCGUAGAAAUGACAAUUGUGCAAUUUGCACUAGAUCUAACUGAGGGUUCAGUGUUGUACCUCUCUUGUGACUUUGUCCAUGUACUUAUAAUCGCUCACAUCAUUUCAUGAGGAAACUGAUCCCUACAUUCCAUUGUUUCUAGUGUGGAUGGCCAGCUCUUCUCUAUCUGUAAUGUGUUAGGGUUCCAAAGAGAUCAAAAUGCGUAGAUUCAUUUUUACUGUACAGUGUAAGUGUUGAUUUAAAAUUUAACUUAAAUUAACACCCACAUAGUUGCUGCAGCUUUGAUGUAAUUGCAUCAUUGAGUACUGGCCCAGUGCCUUCUUUUGAUGCUCAUGAGAAGUAGUACCUUCUUAAAACUUUUAUUCCGGCAAAAAGAAAAAACUGUUUUUGAGUGGCCUAAACUAUCACUCUUACCGUUAGUCAAACAAAAAAAAAAAAGAUUACUCCAUUUAAUUUUUUAUUUGAUUUCGUAGGUUUAUGCUAUAUUACUAAUUGUGAGCAACGUCUGUAUUUUCCUUUCUUGUUACUCAAGAAGUGUGACAUUUUUGAUGCACUAGUUAUUCCAUAACACUCACUUUUUCUAUGUGUGCUUUGUAAUUUUAUUUUCUAGAUAUUGCAAUGGAAGGAAUUCUCAUGUGUGUUAAAUCAAAUGUUCCAUGAACAGAAAUUUCUUGGUAUUUAUAAGUGGAUGUGUUUCCAAGUGUGAAAUCAUUACUCAAUGCAUCGACAUUCUUGUGAAUCAUAGUCCCUCAUUCCUCUCUUGUGGACUUAUUAUUCAAUGCUAUGUUAUGUGAUUAUUCUUGGUAGUUUGCAUUUUUCAUUUCAAUUUUUUUUAUCUGUAUUUAUGAACUAGUUCCACCCAGAAGACCAAGUAGUUGAGAUGUAACACUGGCUUUUGCUUGAAAGCUAGUGGAAUGCUUUGUUGUACCAAAUAGACAGAUUGAGACGAUCAGUAUUUAUUCAUCCCGUUUAUUUGUUAGCGGGGAGUGUGGAUAAUUGGUCUCACCAGUCGACAUCUCCUGCCAGCCUUUGUUCAGGCGUGACGUGAGGGAAGUCUUGUGCUCUGUAAGAAAUUCACCCCAAGAGCUUGAAUUUUGUGGAGACUUUUUUUCAGUGUUUGUUUUCCACUUUAAAUAAUUUAAAACAAAGGUUAUUUAAUUAAAGCAUCAAAUUAAGACUUACCAAAGAAAAAUGGGACCGGUGAAGAUAGUUAUUCAAUUUAAGCUGCUAGGAUUGCCUUUCCUAGGAAUGCUGUGCUUUCUAGACUGCCAUCCAAAUCUAUUUCCUCCCCAUUAGUCUCUUGGAGGAACAUCAGUCAUUCCAUCCAAACUUCCUUCUCUUCUUCUUCCUGCCUACUAGAUUAAUAAAAGGAAGCAGCAGCACAAUGUUAAAGUUUAUGUAUAAAAACCUAAACUACGUUAUAAUGUUAAUUGCAAUAUUUCAAUAUCAGACUGGAACCCUUGUAUCAACCUUGAUAUGCCAAACUUUGUUUUUGAGUAAUCUCAAUUUUUGCAGAAGUCACUCCUAGUGCUGGCUCAAUGGUCUGUAUACCAAGGCCGUUACCAUAGGGUUUCAUGAAAGUAUUGAUUCAUAGAACAGAAUAUGAGAUGGUCACCCACUUAGAGUAUCCUGCAGAGCUGGAGGCACUUGAGAGGGCUCAACUAAUGUAUGAUUUUAAUUUACAAACCCAUUUUGUGAAUUUUCAGAUACAUUUAUGAAGACAAUUACCUGCUCAACUAUUACUUGCCCACAACGUGUGCCAGUCUAUGCAGUCUUUCUAUAAGUACAGUAGUUCUCACUUUAAGUUUGUAAUUAUUUAGAAAUUUGGAAGUUUACAAAGUUAUAUCCUCUUUAAAAAUCAUACAUUAGUUUGGCCUGAGAAUUGCUUUGAACCAGAGCUGCCACACUGCCUCUUACUCCAUGGGAUAUGCAAAUGGUAAAAGACAAAAAAACAGUAAGAAAAAAAAGGAUCCCUUGGUUGAAGCCACUAAGCUAUUUUUUCUAAUUGCACCUUUCCUGCAUUAUACAUGGAGUGUGUGAAGUUUAAGUGACAGUUUUCGAGAGUAUAUUCAUCUAUGUACAUUGAUAGAAAACUGUUAAUAAAAUAUCAUUAUCAGUUUCCCAUUUGUCAUGUACAUUCAGCUUUCAACAAUUGUUGCUUUUGUUGACUUAUUGUAAAUUACAAGGGGUUAUGUGAUUUUGCAAGUUAAUAAAAUCCUAUUGACUUUGUUAA